CCCAAAUUAGGGUUUUUAACCGCCAACCCAAGAAAAAGCUAAAAUUUCCCCAUCCGAACCAAGAGAGCUCAACAAUGGCAGACGAUUCCACGCCGCCGACGGCGCAACUUUCUCAAACGACCUUAAACGACGCCGUUUCCAGCUCCGAUUCCCUCAGAGCCGAGUUCUCCGACCGCGUCCCAAUCCGAUCCAUCCUUUCCCGACCCGACGGCGGCGCCGGACUCGCCGGGAACCGAGUCCGGGUAGGCGGGUGGGUUAAGACCGGUCGGAAGGCGGACAAGGACGCCUUCGCGUUCUUGGAGCUCAACGACGGGUCCUGCCCGGGGAAUUUGCAGGUGAUUGUGGAGGCCGACAAGGCUGACCUCGGGCAGCUUGUUCCCACCGGUACCUGCGUCGCCGUCGACGGAGUUCUAAAGCUGCCUCCGGCGGGGACCAAGCAGAAGGUGGAGCUUCGAGUGGAGAAGGUGGUCCAUGUGGGCCCGGUUGAUCCGGCGAAGUAUCCCUUGCCGAAGACCAGGCUCACGCUUGAGUUCCUCAGGGACUUUGUUCAUCUUCGUCCGAGAACCAAUACGAUUUCUGCUGUUGCUCGAAUCAGAAAUGCGCUUGCAUAUGCUACCCACACGUUCUUCCAAAAGCACGGCUUUCUUUAUGUGCACACUCCAAUUAUAACCACAAGUGAUUGUGAGGGUGCUGGUGAAAUGUUUCAAGUGACAACUUUGAUUAGUGAGGCUGAAAGGUUGGAGAAGGAUCUUAUUAAGAAUCCUCCUCCGACAGAGUCGGACUUAGAAGCUGCUAGGCUUGUUGUCAAGGAGAAGGGAGAUUUUGUUUCCCAGCUGAAAUCAGCUAAAGCAAGUAAACAGGAAAUUGGUGCUUCUGUGGCUGAACUUAAAAAAGCAAAGGAGAAUCUUGCAAAGCUGGAGGAGAGGUCUAAGCUUAAGCCGGGAAUUCCCCAAAAGGACGGGAAGAUUGAUUAUACCCAAGAUUUCUUUGCUCGUCAAGCCUUUUUGACAGUUUCUGGCCAAUUACAAGUUGAAUCUUUUGUGUGUUCUCUUAGUAGCGUCUAUACAUUUGGACCUACUUUUCGUGCUGAGAACUCUCACACCUCGAGGCAUUUGGCAGAAUUCUGGAUGGUGGAGCCUGAAAUAGCUUUUGCAGAACUGGAGGAUGAUAUGAAAUGUGCAGAGGCAUAUGUGAGAUUUUUAUGUCAGUGGUUGCUCGACAAUUGCUACGACGAUAUGGAAUUUAUGGCUGACAAAUUUGAUAAGGGUUGCAUCAACCGGCUUAAAUUGGUUUCUUCAACCCCUUUUGAGCGGAUAACAUAUACCAAAGCAGUAGAACUGCUGGAGGAGGCUGUUAAGAACGGAAAAGUGUUUGAGAAUAAAGUAGAGUGGGGUAUUGAUUUGGCAUCUGAGCACGAGAGAUACCUGACGGAGGUUAUGUUCCAAAAGCCUGUUAUAGUAUAUAAUUAUCCAAAAGGAAUUAAAGCAUUUUACAUGAGGCUGAACGAUGAUGGCAAGACAGUGGCUGCUAUGGAUGUCCUUGUACCAAAGGUUGGGGAGUUGAUAGGAGGAAGUCAAAGGGAGGAACGUUAUGAUGUCAUUCAAAGCAGAAUCCAGGAGAUGGGGCUGCCCACCGAGCCAUACGAGUGGUACCUUGACUUGCGUCGCUAUGGGACAGUGAAACAUAGCGGCUUUGGUUUAGGAUUCGAGAGAAUGAUUCUCUUUGCCACUGGCAUUGACAACAUUAGAGAUGUUAUUCCCUUCCCCAGAUACCCUGGGAGAGCAGAUCUUUGAUUGUAGUUUCACAAGAAGUUUGUGUCUUUUGUCAUUGGAUUUCAAAGCAAAAUUGUCCCCUGGUGUCAUAUUCUAAUUUUAUUUAUAGCAUCAUAUACCUCAUUUUUUGAUCCAAACGAAGCUGAAUUAAGAAAUUGUUUGAUCUACAUUGUUCUUUUCUUCUUGGAGCCCUACGUUUGUCUUGUCAUGCCUUUGGAUGUUCUUUCGAGCAUAUUGCCUGUUCUUGCAGUUAUUGUAUUAGUCAAAUUGAAAGUCUGUCGUAGACAUGCAUAAACCUACUUUCUUGAAUUUCGAAGAUGUUAUAGAAUUUCCAAGUCUUCGUUCACUUUCUUUGGUCAUUUUGUUAUAAAGAUGUCACAGUUUUUCUG